AUGUGUUUAAAGGGCUGCACUGCCAACAACAGGUUAAAAUUAUUAAUGCCGUGGUUUCCAAGGAAUCGCAGUGACAGAACUGCUGGAGGUGCAUGAGGAGGAGGGAAGGCACGGCUGUAGAGCAGGACUUAGAAGAAACAGACAAAACUGCUGUGCUGCAUUUUUUAUAGUUAAAAUGUGAUGCUGAAGAUACUGUUGGGCUGUAGGAAAGGCUAAAAAAUAUGUGCUGCUAGUGCCUGAGAAAAUAACUACAGGCUUGGGGUCAGUAAGGGGCAUUGUGAAUUGUAGUACAGGAGAAGGAUGACUGGUGUACUAACAUGGAAUAAACAGGUAAGGGUGCUGUGAUGGUCAGUUCAUACGGGUCUCUCUUGUUCUUUAGGUUAAGCAGAUUGAAAAACGAGACUCUGUUUUAACAUCAAAAAACCAAAUUGACCGGCUGACCCGACCUGGAUCUUCAUAUUUCAACUUGAACCCUUUUGAGGUGUUGCAGAUGGAUCCUGAAGCCACAGAUGAAGAGAUAAAGAAAAGAUUCCGACAGUUGUCAAUAUUGGUGCACCCAGACAAAAACCAAGAUGAUGCAGAUAGAGCCCAGAAGGCAUUUGAAGCUGUAGAUAAAGCUUACAAGCUGCUGCUAGAUCAGGAACAGAAGAAGAGAGCCUUGGAUGUGAUACAGGCAGGAAAAGAAUAUGUGGAACACACUGUGAAAGAAAAAAAGAAGCAGCUGAAGAAGGAUGGAAAACCUCCCACUGUAGAGGAGGAUGAUCCUGAAGUUUUCAAACAAGCUGUAUACAAACAGACAAUGAAGCUCUUUGCUGAACUGGAAAUUAAGCGGAAAGAAAGAGAAGCAAAAGAAAUGCAUGAAAGGAAGCGGCAGAGGGAAGAGGAAAUUGAAGCACAAGAAAAAGCUAAACGAGAACGAGAGUGGCAGAAGAACUUUGAGGAAAGUCGGGAUGGUCGUGUAGACAGCUGGAGAAAUUUCCAGGCAAAUACAAAGGGGAAGAAAGAAAAGAAAAACAGGACCUUCCUGAGACCUCCCAAAGUAAAAAUGGAGCAGCGUGAAUGAUCCUGGAAGCACUGCCCAAGUGCAGCUCCUCAGUCCCUUCUCUGCUUUUAAGGACUCAUUGGCACCUAGAGUAAGAUUUGCUUUUUAGUAGACUGUUUGUUUCCAGUACAGUUAAUUAUCAGUCAAAGUAUUUUUUGUACUCUGUCUGUUUGACAUAGGGCCAGAGAAUGACUCUGGCCAGGGCCUCACUCCACAUAGAGCACUUGGCUUAGGAGAGUCCCUGCCCACCCUGCUGUCCCGUGUGUCUGCUGCCCUGUAACUCGGUGUUUUGUACUUCAAAGAGACUGUGCUGUUUCACCACUUCUGUUUCUAGUUUGAGAGUUGAACAAAAUAUUGGAAAUGCAUCCAAACCCUUCCAGGCACCAUCUUUCUCAGCAAGUUCAGCUUGGGAAAGAUCUGGGCUGACUCUGGGAGUAUGCUUCCAGCACUGUGCAGUGCAGCUGGCCUGCAGUUAAGUCCUGCAGCUCCUCACUGCAUUGAGUGGUGCUUGGAAAGAACCUACCCCAAGAUCUGAUUUCCAGACUAAAAUCCCAGCUCUCAGGCUUAGACUUCUGUUAAUCUCAGACCAGCUGGUCACUUCCUAUAAAGGAAAAUAACUACUCUUGAUUAAUAGUUAAGCUGCAAUGGUCUGUAUGUAAAAUAAAUUUUUACCC